AUGCGUGCGGCCGUUCGCUUUCUUAUCUCCUUCCUCGUCCUCAUAAUUGCGAUUGCGAUGAGCUUCGCUGGUCCCCGCCUUGUCCUGCAGACCAAGCUCUCUCAAGCUGCCGGAGCCGGCUUAACGGCCUGCACGCGCUCGCCGCUAUGCAAUGCUAGCCUCGCGAGGGCUCCGCGUCUAUCCUACUGGCUUGCCUCGACCGCGUCCGCAUCCCGCUCCUACAGCGCGACGGCCCGCAACGGCUCACAGAUGCCCAAAUUCACAUACCAAAUAUCCGCAUCAUACUCUGCAAAGGGCCACCAGUUCAACCCCGAGUACAACCUUUUCAACCACAAUCCUUUCGUCAGGUUGACGAAGAAGGGCGGACACAAGCGACCAGCCAGUGGACAAGACUCGUUUUUCGUGAACCAGAUCGGCGAUACCGGCGCGGUCGCUUUCGGAGUCGCGGAUGGAGUUGGCGGCUGGACUGAGUCCGGCAUAGACCCGGCGGACUAUGCUCACGGUCUUUGCGACUACAUGGCGGUAGCUGCCAAUGGCUACCCAGAGGGCUUUGCAAAAGGCCCUCUGCAUCCCAAGGAUCUCCUUCAAAUUGGUCAUGAUAAUGUAACUAGUGACGACUCCAUCAUCGGUGGAGGAAGCACUGCGUGCAUUGCAGCAGCAGAGCCCAACGGCUCCGUCGAGGUUGCCAAUCUGGGCGAUUCGGGCUUCAUCCAUCUCGGCCUCAAUGCCGUGCGCUACUUUUCCCCGCCGCAAACGCAUGCUUUCAACACCCCGUACCAGAUGUCCAAAAUCCCCGCGCAGAUGCUCGCCCAGAUGAAGCUCUUUGGAGGUUCCGCUGCGCACGCCGAGACACCCAAGGACUCAGCGGUCACAAACCACAAAGUGAAACAUGGAGACGUCCUUGUGUUCGCAACUGAUGGUGUCUGGGACAAUCUGAGCCCGCAGGAUGUGCUCACUAUCGUGGGCAAGAACAUGACUGCACUUGGCGGCUGGAUCGAUGCCAGAGAAGAGUUCGUUGUAAGCCCUCAUCUGCGCAACCUCACCGAGAGGGGUGGCAUGAGCAAAUCCGAGAACAACACGCUGCAGGCCCUCAUCGCGCUUGCGGUGACUGGAGAAGCCAAAGCGGCGAGUCUCAACACAAGGCGGGACGGUCCUUUCGCAAAAGAGGUGCAGAAGUACUACCCGGGCGAGAAUUGGCACGGCGGAAAGCCGGACGACAUCUGUGUCGUCGUUGCCAUUGCGAUUGAAGACGGCAGAGAAAGCAAGCUCUAG